ACUUUCUUUCAUCAAAGACAGUGAGUCACACAGACUGCGAUAGAUAGAUAGAACGAUUUUGCUUUAGUAGCUCAGUUUGUUGCUGGAUCAGACAGGCUGCUGGUAAAGGGCUGGAGUGUAUCAGAUUUAUACACACAGAUAGUACUCUUAUCCAUUACUCCCAGUUAGUCCAGGGUAGAUUAACCAUCUCCAGCAAUAAGGUCUAUCCAAAGGUGAACAAUUUGAAGACUGAGGACACAGCAGUGCAUUACUGUGCCAAAGGAUACACAAGAUAGUGGACCAACACACACACACAGUUAAACAAGAUGGACUGUAGGACAGUGCUGCUGCUUUUGACUGUCUUCUGUGCAGAGGGGUUUGAGCAGAAUCCAACUGUUAAUACAACAGUUAUUCCCUCUUCUGACGGCACCAAUAUCACCCUAUGCGUUGUGAAAGAAUUUGUACCAAAGAAACAUGACCUCAAAUGGCUGAAAAACGGAAAAGACAUCACCAGCGAAAUAGAUCUGCCGUUUAAAGUUUUGACUUCAGUUUCUGAAUCAAGAAAGGAUGGAAAGAAGGUGUACACUGCAGAAAGUUUUCUCGCAGUAAAUUCCAGUGAUGUGAAUGCAGACACUGAAUUCACUUGUGUGUUAACGGGAGAGCAAAAUGCAUCUUUGAAUAAACCUGACAGAGACAACCCAGUAGCAGAUGUUUCCAUAACUGCAGAUCUGACAAACAGGCCAACAAUGGCAGUCUACAUCCUCCCACAGUUGCACACUGACCAAUUAAACCCUCAAGAUGAAAUCACUCUGGUAUGUCUGGUCACCAGUACUGUGGAAAAGACGUAUAAAAUCGAAUGGUCAGAAAAUUCUGGAAGUACACAUGGACGUUAUGUUACAGGCACCAACAUCUGUGCACAGCAGAGCAAAAAUGACCAGAAAUGGCGAAGCAUGAGUCUUUACACCACCAGUAAGGCAAACUGGGACAAGAAAGAUCCAACCAAGAUGUUCACCUGCCAUGUCCGUUCUGAAAACAUUUCAAAAACAGUGCUGAGCACCACUGGUAAUUGCAAUGAAUGUGACUGUAAUUACUAAGCUUUAAAUGUGACAUUUUGUGCUUGUGUCAUUCUUUGUGUGAGAGAGUUUAAGAAUACCUGUGCACUUGUGAUGUCAGUCACUGUGAGACAAAAUGCUUUAGUUGUCAUCAUGUUUUUUUUCAAGCUAUCUGAGUCACAGUGUCAUUUAGUUGAUAUAUGUGCUGUCUGUUUGAAAUAGAUGUUGCAUGGAGACUCUUUGGUAUAUGUGUAGAUGAAUAACUUGAAGUGUCACUAAAAAAAGACAAUGUCACCGCUGAAGAGGAUUUUAGCAGCCUGUGGUUAAUAUUGUUCCAAUGGUAGAUAUAUUUAACCUAAAUAUAUGGGUCCUGUGAUUUGAACAUGCAGGUUAAAUGCUUCAUUGGAAGUACACAUGGAUGUUAUUCAUUGUGGGGAUGCAUAGUAUAUAUGAGUAUAUAUGAUUAAACACAAUUUAUGCGAGUAACUAUGAUUAUACGUCUAGUGUACACAGGUAUAUAUGUCAUAAUAAAAUCCACAACACCAGCUGUGGCUAACUAUC